AUGCCAUUCAUAUGAACACAUCACAAAUGACCUCCAAACAAGUGCAGUCAAUAUGUACCAAAACUGAAAUGGCGGCAACACACAAAGCGCGAGAAUCGGUAGGGCUGCGCGCGCGCAGGAUCUCCGUAAAUAAACAACGGAAAUGGAGCGGGCGGCCGGAUGUGCUGGUGCUGUUUGUACUGAUUGCCGGUUGUCAUGGACACCAGGAGCAGAGGUUCGCCAUGGAGCCACAGGAUCAGAGCGCGAUAAUCGGAUCAAGAGUGACGCUUCCGUGUCGAGUGGAGAACAAAGUUGGCGCGCUGCAGUGGACCAAGGACGACUUCGGGCUGGGCACGCAUCGGAACCUCAGCGGUUAUGACCGAUACUCCAUGAUCGGCAGCGAUGAGGAAG